UUUUUGUUUGUUUUCAAAACAUUGCGCGAAAUUUUACAACCGGCGGUUAAAAACAACAAAGUUAAUCCGUUUCAUAAAAAUUUUGAUUUAAAAGUGUUUUACGUUUCCAUUUGAAAUGGAUCAAGCAAAAGUGGAAUAUGAACUGCAACAUUUCAAUUUCUGCUCCGAGGACAUCAUUGCCGAAAAUCAGCUGUUGGUGAAAUCGCUCAUCCAGCAGACACUGAUUUCCUUCACGGACGAAUUUAUCGCCAAGCAUAAGAUGUCCGCUGAGGAAGCAAUGGAAAUGCGGUCCCACUGUUACCCGGCCGCUAGUGAAAUGUUUGCCGAGUGUGGUCCAAAGCUGGAGGAACUGAGCGAGCUGUAUCGGAGAACUUUUAAUAUUCCGGACAAUAUUCUACUGCCGUCGGAUUUGAUGCACCGGAAAGGUUACACCGCGGACCAGGUGGAAUCCCUGCAAAGUGUGGCAAAUGGGUUGGAACGGCAAAUUCGACAGGACGGGGUGUUCCUGUCGAUGCUGGAGGAGGAAAUCAAGCUGCACGAACGGUUGGACAGUUGCGUGGAAAGCGGGGAGCAGCUGAUGGAACUGGCCGAAAGGUACCGGCAGAUGGAAAUCGUCCCGGCCGAAGACUGUGCCGUCGUGCAGGAUCUGGCCGAUUUCAUGAAGAAUGUGAUGCAAAUGUGAGUACCUACUAUUAUUCUAGAUAUGUUUAUGUGUAAGAUUUUUUGUGCGUUGGAUAAGAAUGCCUGAAUGUUAUCGAAUUUCCUGAUUGGAUCAAUCGAUAGUUCAUUAUAGGAAUAUUAAUUUACAUUAAACGGUUCUUAUGAAA